AUGCUGCCGGGUAUUGGUGUGUUCGGCACUGGUCCCGUAACAAAGGUUUUAGUGCCGAUUUUGCGCGAAAACGGAUUCAAAAUAGAAGCUUUGUGGAGCCGUACGAAGCAGAAAGCCCAAGAAACCGCGAAGGAAUUGAAUAUACCCUUUUACACCGACAUCAUCGACGAAGUGCUGCUUCGCAAGGACGUCGACUUAAUAUUCGUACUAUGCCCGCCGAGCUUACACGCCCAAAUAUCUGUAAAAUCGCUGGGAAUUGGCAAGCACGUAGUGUGCGAUAAACCAGCUGGAUUGAACCAACUAGACGCCUUCAAAAUGGUGGGAGCCGGGCAAUACUACCCUUCCCUAAUAUCCUUAAUAAACCACUCGUUUCGAUUUCUCCCUGCUUUCGUUCAAAUGAAAAAAGCCCUCAAAGAUAAUUAUUUACAAUCGCCUAUUACGUUGGUCGAUAUAAGAAUUCAGAGCGGCUGUCUCUUCAGCGAUUCGGACACUUUCGAUUGGAAAUGCGACGACACCAUGGGCGGAGGAACCCUAAACCUAAUCGGCAGCCACGUGGUCGAUUUAAUAACAUUCCUGACGGGCCAGAAGGCCAUAAAAGUGCACGGGGUCGUGCGGACCUUCACGAAAAACACAUCGAACAUCAACGGAAUCCGAACCAUAUCCGCUCCGGACUUUUGCACGUUCCAAAUGGAGCUGCAAAGCGGCAUUUUGGUUACCGCUACCAUCAACAGCCACACGGCGGGCUCCAAUUUCAACCAGGACGUCAUGAUUUGCAGCAGCACGGGGCACUUGGUGGUACGCGGCGGAGACUUGUUCGGGAGGAAGAACAAAGGCAACGAGGAGGUGCUGUAUUUGGACGUGGAGGAUUUGAAGUGCCCCGUGACGAAUUCCAUAUUGCCCAAAACGUUCGUGAAGGGCUUAUGCAAGAUGGUGUCGGCUCUAAGGGAGGCUUUCUUGCCCAAUAAUGAGAAGGAGGGUUGGAUCAAGGAGCCCGUCCAAUCCGCAGCUACCUUUGAAGACGGUCUGUACGUUCAGGCUGUUCUGAGCGCUAUCAGAGAGUCGUCUCAAACGAGGCAAUGGGUCAAAGUUAAGGUUUUGACGGAGCAGCCCGAUAAAAACGAAUUGCUGAGCGCUGUUGUACGAAGAACAGCCAUUACUAUUUCUUAA